UCGUCUACAUAUGUAAAGAUAUUUUUUCAGUUUCAUUAUCAUCAAUCUUAUCCCACAAAUUAAAAAUGGCAGCACCUCUUAGAACUCAGAAGAACACACACAGAAUAAACUUAGGGUCUCGUUUUUAUGGCUACUGCCACCGGCUCUCCCUCCCUCUUACGUGGUCCGCUGACAAUACGAGCUUUGAGUUUCGUUAUCAAAUGCCCUGUAAAUUAUAUACUAUUUGAGCCAAAAAUCUACAGGAGUGGGGAGAGAUGGAGGGUGAGAAGCUCCAGUGAUGACUGGAAAAAGGACAGUUCUUUUGUUGAUAAACGAGGGAGAGUUAGACAUUUUGAUCGCAAAAAGGUUUCGAGGAAAAAGAAUGGUUCUUUAAGGGGUAAAGGGUGGAAAUAUGGGUCUGGAUUUGUUGAUGGUAUUUUCCCAGUCCUGAGCCCUAUUGCUCAGCAAAUUCUCAACUUUAUGCUCAAGGAAACUGACAGGGAACAAAUUUGGAAUUCUUUGGAUAGUCUUCCACCCACUAAUCACUGUUGGGAUGAUAUAGUUAAUGUAGCGGUUCAGCUUCGAAUCGAUAAACAAUGGGAUCCAAUUAUACUGAUUUGUGAAUGGGUACUGAAUAGGAGUUCCUUCAAGCCAGAUGUGAUUUGUUUCAAUCUGCUGAUAGAUGCUUAUGGGCACAAGUCACUUUCUAGAAGGGCAGAAUCUAUGUACAUGGAGCUUCUAGAAUCUCGAUGCAUGCCAACUGAGGAUACAUAUGCCCUUCUUGUAAAAGCUUAUUGCAAAUGUAAGCAGCUGGCGAAGGCCGAAGCUGUCUUUUCUGAGAUGCGAAAGAAUCGCCUUCCCCCGAGUACAGUUGUAUAUAAUGCAUAUAUUGAUGGGUUGAUGAAGGCAAGAGAAUCCGAAAAGGCUGUCGAGAUCUUCCAGAGGAUGAAGAGGGAGAACUGUCGGCCAUCGACUGACACUUAUACCAUGUUGAUCAAUUUAUAUGGAAAGGAGAAUAAAUCCUACAUUGCCAUGAAAGUGUUUGAUGAAAUGAGGAGCCAGAAAUGUAAACCGAAUAUCUGCACCUACACAGCUCUAGUGAAUGCUUUUGCCAGGGAUGGCCUAUGCGAAAAGGCCGAAGAAAUCUUUGAACAGAUGCAGGAAAAGGGGCUCGAGCCCGACGUCUAUGCCUAUAAUGCCCUAAUGGAAAGUUACAGUCGUGCAGGUUAUCCUUACGGUGCUGCUGAAAUUUUUUCUCUGAUGCAGCACAUGGGUUGCGAGCCAGACAUAGCCUCGUAUAAUAUCAUGGUAGAUGCUUAUGGGCGAGCAGGCCUUUACGAGGAUGCGCACGCUAUAUUUGAUGAGAUGAAGCGGCUAAGAAUAGCCCCAACGAUGAAAUCCUACAUGCUACUCCUAUCAGCCUACUCGAGAAUUGGGAAUGUUUCACAAUGUGAGGAUAUUGUGAAGCAAAUGCACAUCUCGGGGAUCAAACCAGACACAUUUGUUUUCAACACCAUGCUAAACCUGUAUGGUCGUCUAGGCCAGUUCGCGAAGAUGGAACAAGUCUUGGCCGCGUUGGGAAGUGGACCAUAUGUAGCCGAUAUCAGCACGUACAACAUCCUGAUCAACUCAUAUGCUCGCGCAGGGUUCAUCGAGGACAUGGAAGAGGUUUUCAGGUCACUUCCUGGUAAGAACUUGAAGCCUGAUGUUGUGACCUGGACAUCUCGGCUUGGAGCUUAUUCGAGGAAGAAACUGUACGACAGAUGUCUCGAGAUUUUCGAGGAAAUGAUCGAUGAUGGAUGUUACCCGGAUGACAAAACCGUUAAGGUGUUGCUGGCUUCUUGUUCAAGUGAAGAGCAGAUUGAUCAACUCACCACUGUUAUGAGAACAAUGCACAAACAUCCUGCUGCCAUGGAGCUGGUUUGAACAAGUGGCAGCUCAAACAUACAGUCAUGAACAUGAUGGGGAUAAAAAAAAGAAAAAAGUAACACAUAGCUACAACUUGAUUCUUGGGUUGAGUUAAGAUUAUGGUUUGGCAGAUGGCUUUGGACUUUGUUAUAUACCACACUAGGGUUUUGGUAGUGUAAAGAAAAAAGCAAAGUUGUAAUUUUGGCCAAUUGAGUUAUUGGGUAAUUAUCCUUAGUUCUUGUGCAUGAUAUUUCAUCAGGGAACUUUUUCAUCCCUAGUUCUUUGGUAGUUGUUA